CCGUCGUGAACUAAACACAGAGCAGUGCGACAAGUAAAAGUGUGAAGGCGUUUGCUCGUUUCCAACAGCCAACCUAAACGUUGCUACGGAGCUAUGGGAGCACCAAAAAUAUUCCUAUAAAAUCGUUCUUUCAAAACCAACUUCUCCGAACCAACCGUUCAACCAAUCAGCCAACACUGCUUCCCAGCCACUUUCGUGUGUGAUUGUAGUCUACCGAGCGAGUGUCCAAGCUUAAACGGAAUACACUAACUCCAGCAAUUUCUAACAACUAGGAGGAAUUAUGGAUUUCACGAAGGCUUUGGGGCUGCCACAGCCGGCUGGCUUUCAAUAUCUACGCGAUGGACGCAACAUUAGUCUGGCCGAUAGUGUUCCUGCCGACAUUUACCACAUGGUCGAUCCCUACUGGUACAAAUGGCAACCGAUGGAACAGAUUUGGUUUCAGAUCAUUGGCUUUAUCAUCACCGUUCUGGGUGUGAUGUCGCUAUCGGGCAAUUUCAUUGUCAUGUAUAUAUUCACUUCGACACGUUCGCUACGUACGCCAUCAAAUAUUUUUGUGGUGAAUUUGGCAUUUUCCGAUUUUAUGAUGAUGUUCACCAUGUUUCCACCAGUGGUAUUAAACGGUUUCUACGGUACUUGGAUAAUGGGACCUUUCCUAUGCGAGCUGUACGGUCUGGCCGGUUCGCUUUUCGGUUGUGUGUCCAUUUGGUCAAUGACGUUGAUCGCAUAUGAUCGGUAUUGUGUGAUCGUGAAGGGUUUGUCGCGCAAACCACUCACCACGACAGUGGCUGUUGUACGUUUGAUCUUUGUCUGGUGCAUUUGCGGCAUAUGGGCCAUACUGCCGAUGGUCGGCUGGAAUCGUUAUGUACCUGAGGGUAAUAUGACCGCAUGCGGCACCGACUACUUUGCCAAGGACUGGUUCAAUCGUUCGUACAUUAUUGUUUACUCAUUGUGGGUGUAUGCUACGCCAUUGACAACCAUUAUCUUUUCAUAUUACCACAUCAUGAAGGCUGUCUGGGCGCACGAGAAAGCCAUGCGUGAUCAAGCUAAGAAAAUGAACGUCGCUUCUUUGCGCAACAGCGAAGCGGAUAAAGGCAAAUCCAUUGAAAUUAAAUUGGCCAAAGUGGCGUUGGUGACAAUAUCACUGUGGUUCCUCGCCUGGACCCCAUACACGAUAAUCAAUUAUGCGGGUAUUUUCGGCUCGAUGAAUCUCUCACCGUUGAGUACAAUUUGUGGUUCGGUAUUUGCGAAGGCCAAUUCAGUCUGCAAUCCAAUAGUCUAUGGUCUCAGUCACCCUAAAUAUCGGCAAGUACUGCGCGAGAAGAUCCCCUGUCUCGCCUGCGGCAAAGACGACAUGGCCUCCGAAGUGCGUACGCAAGCAACGGCGGAGAUCAGCGAAUCGGCGGCAUAAAUAUGUGGCCCAGCUACGGAACCGAAAGUACAAUAAUCGUAAAAAUGGCAAUAUGCGACAAACGGAAUAUGACUCUGAUGAUAUUUAUACUGUUUUAGAUGACGCUCUAGGUCUUGUAUAUAAUAAGCUUGGCUAUAUGAGCACCUAGUGUGUGUAAAUAUUUAGCUAAACAUCUUGUAUCAACAAUAAUUAACAAAGCGGAUGAUAAAACGUCGACCUGCAACGAGAAAAAACGAAAACAAAAUAAUACAUAAAAAAAAACAAAAAAAAAAUCGAAAAACGACAA